CCUACUGGGUACCAUUAGUCAUCCCCACUCGCUCUAGGUGGAAACGCUGGUUUCUCUAUCACUGGAUGAACGGCGUUUAAGACAAAUGUAUUGAGUGAAUUCAGACAGAGUUGUAGAAAAGAGAAAAGGAGUAUACUCAAGCUCAGUGUGAGCUAUAGGGCCAGUGGACAGCGCAACAGAUUUUUUUUUGUUGUUGUUGCGAUCGUGAUUAAAGAGAAUUCUUUUUCUUUUUUUAAAAAAUUCACGCGCAGGGGAUGGAGUUUGUCGUGUCAGGGGACGGAGGACAGUAACUCGACUGAUCAGCAAGGCAGCGCAAAGAAGCAGUAAAAGCCUGUGUUAAGUUGAUAAUGCAUAGACACGCAAAAGGGACCUGCUAAAGCCCGGAACGGAAAUCACUGAGGUGGGCAAAGCUCUGCUGCGUUUCGGACCUCCAGACUUUCCCUCAGAAAGGGGAGAUUGAAAAACCUGAGGGGGGAAAUACAUAUGAUUAGCUUUACUAAAUCACUCUGAUGAAAAUAUUUAUGGAUCAGACCCACAAUGGAAUGACACACAUCUGCUUCUAGAAAUGUUUUUACUUUAAAGUGCCAAUCUUGGUAGACUGAUAAAACAAAGAACUUUAAAAUGAUUCUAGAUUUCUGAGAAGUGCUGCUAUUGAUCAUCUGAUUACUCAAUUCCAACAUUUCUGAUUAGAGAAAUACAGGGACUUGGAUAACAGCUAACCUUUUGCAAUGUCGCCAGCCUUGUUGAGUGCAGUUAGAUGGACCAGCUGUUAUAGUUUAUGUCUGCUGCUGGUUCUUCUUAGUCUCUUUCUUGCCACACUGGCAGCAAGACCCAAAGGCCCUGGCCAUAUUCAUCCAAACUCCAUUCGCAUUGAUGGAGACAUCUCCCUGGGAGGCCUGUUCCCGGUGCAUGCGCGGGGUCAUGGUGGAAAGCCCUGCGGGGAGCUGAAGAAGGAGAAGGGCAUUCACAGGCUGGAGGCCAUGCUUUUCGCUCUGGACCGCAUCAAUAACGACCACGAGCUGCUGCCCAACAUCACGCUGGGGGCGCGUAUUCUGGACACCUGCUCCCGGGACACGCACGCUCUGGAACAGUCCCUCACCUUCGUCCAGGCGCUCAUAGAAAAAGAUGCCACGGAUGUGAAGUGUCCAAACGGGGACAUGCCCAUCAUCACCAAGCCUGAGAGAGUUGUGGGGGUGAUCGGCGCUUCUUCCAGCUCUGUGUCCAUCAUGGUAGCCAACAUCCUACGUCUGUUUAAGAUACCUCAGGUGAGCUAUGCUUCCACUGCCCCAGAGCUGAGUGACAACACACGCUAUGACUUCUUCUCUCGGGUGGUUCCUCCAGACACCUACCAGGCCCAGGCCAUGGUGGACAUAGUGCGAUACAUGGGCUGGAAUUAUGUCUCUACUGUCGCCUCAGAGGGGAACUACGGAGAGAGCGGCGUGGAUGCGUUCAUUCAGAAGUCCCGUGAAGAUGGAAAUGUAUGCAUUUCACAAUCUGUUAAGAUCCCUCGAGAGCCAAAGCCAGGAGAGUUUCACAAGAUUAUCCAAAAUCUGGGGGAAAAUCCCAAUGCCAGAGUGAUCAUUAUUUUUGCAAAUGAAGAUGAUAUAAGGCGACUACUACAAGCAGCGAAGAAAGCCAAUCAAACCGGUCAUUUUAUUUGGGUGGGGUCAGACAGCUGGGGCUCAAAGAUAUCUCCUGUGCUUAACCAAGAGGAGAUGGCAGAGGGAGCGAUCACCAUCCUACCCAAACGCCAGGCCAUCAAGGGGUUUGAUAAUUACUUCAUUGGUCGAACACUGGAGAAUAACAGGAGGAAUGUCUGGUUUGCAGAAUUCUGGGAGAACAAUUUCAACUGCAAACUCAACCGCCAUGCCUUCAAGAAAGGGUCUGGUGUAAAGAAAUGCACAAACCAAGAGAGGAUCGGGAAGGACUCUGCAUAUGAGCAGGAGGGUAAAGUGAUGUUUGUUAUCAACGCUGUCUAUGCCAUGGCCCAUGCUCUCCAUCACAUGCACAGAGACCUGUGUCCAGGCAAGGUGGUACUCUGCUCCAAAAUGGAUCCUAUAGAUGGAGCCCUACUUCUGAAGUACAUCCGCAAAGUCAACAUCACAGUCACAGCUGGCAAUCCGGUGCAGUUCAAUGAGAAUGGAGAUGCCCCAGGCCGAUAUGAUAUCUUCCAGUACCAGAUAAAUAACAAUACAGCUGAGUACAAAUACAUUGGCAACUGGACUGACCAGCUCAGCCUUAAUAUGCCAAUGAUGCAGUGGCCUGGUGGUGUGCAACAGGCUCCUUCCUCCACCUGCAGCCAGCCCUGCAAGCCAGGCUGGCGCAAGAAGGUUGUCAAGGGCAUCCCUUGCUGUUGGCACUGCGAACGCUGUGAUGGUUACCAGUACCAGGCUGACCAGUUGACCUGCAAGAUGUGCCGCUUCGACCUGCGCCCCAAUCAGAACCACACAGGUUGCCAACCCAUCCCCAUCAUCAAGCUGGAGUGGAGCUCGCCAUGGGCGGUCAUCCCUGUACUCUUGGCCAUCCUGGGCAUCAUGGCCACUCUGUUUGUGGUGGUCACCUUCAUACGCUACAAUGACACACCAAUCGUCAAGGCAUCAGGACGGGAGCUGAGCUACGUCCUGCUGGCUGGCAUCUUCCUCUGUUAUGCCACUUCUUUUCUGAUGAUAUCUGCUCCAGACAUUGGGAUCUGCUCACUCCGACGCAUCUUCCUGGGCCUGGGGAUGAGUAUCAGCUAUGCUGCGCUGCUGACCAAAACCAACCGGAUUUACCGUAUUUUUGAGCAGGGGAAGAUGUCAGUGAGCGCCCCGCGGUUCAUCAGCCCAGCAUCCCAGCUGGUGAUCACCUUCAGUCUGAUCUCUGUUCAGCUCCUAGGAGUGUGUAUCUGGUUCGUGGUAGACCCUCCACAGGCUUUCAUUGACUAUGAGGACCAGCGCAUGGCGAACCCGGAGAUGGCGCGGGGAGUGCUCAAGUGUGACAUCUCGGACUUGUCACUCAUCUGUCUUCUGGGGUACAGCAUGUUGCUGAUGGUCACGUGUACAGUCUAUGCCAUAAAGACGCGUGGCGUACCGGAGACCUUCAAUGAGGCAAAGCCCAUCGGCUUCACCAUGUACACCACCUGCAUCAUCUGGCUGGCCUUCAUCCCCAUCUUCUUUGGCACAUCACAGUCGAUGGAAAAGAUGUACAUCCAGACAACCACCCUGACCAUCUCCAUCAGCCUGAGUGCAUCUGUGUCUCUGGGUCUACUCUACAUGCCCAAAGUCUACGUGGUGCUCCUCCACCCUGAGCAGAACGUGGCCAAGCGCAGCACACGCAGCCUCAAAGCAGUGGUCACCGCCGCCACUAUGUCCAACAAAUUCAACCCCAAGGCCAGUCUGCGGCCCAAUGGAGAGGCCAAGACUGAGCUGUGCGAGAAUCUGGAAACUCAAGGACUUAGCCCCAAACAAACAUAUAUCAGCUACAGCAACCACGCAAUCUAACAAUUUACAAAUGGAAACGGAGAAGCAUGAUGGGAAGAGAGUGCAUCACGGUUGGCCACUCAUAUGGUUUGUUUUAUAAGGGGGAGACAUAUUUUAAAAAAAAAAAAGACCUUGGGCAACCAAGAAGAAAUAUUUCAAUGAAUGAAGUCAGAUGAAGAUAAUGAGGGGACAUGUUAACAGGCUGGGACUAUUACAAACAUACCUGAAAGGUUUAUCCAGUUAUCCUGAAGGAUCUGCCCAACCAUAAAACCAUAAAAGCACAAGAAGCAAAUGCAAGUCACUGCUAUGGACUUCAGUGUACAGAUGAGUUUCAGUGCAAACAUGGAAAAUAUCAAUCCCCUGGAAAAGAACUUCUCCCCAAAAUUGUUAUGAACAGUGGUGCAUGUGUUAACCAGUGAAUGUAACAGUAAACAUGUAUGCAAUGCUUCUAUGUUCUAAUUGAUCUGCGAACAUGUCCACUUGCAUAUGCUGAAUAGGGAUUUAGCAAGCAUUUGACAUGGUUGAUUGGCAGUGUUUUGAGAUCCUGUAUGGACACUGUUGUGCUGAACAAGUUAGUCUCUCCAAAUACCCUUUACUCAGUCUCCUUUAAGUCUGCCUCUGCAUUUCCUAUCUGCAGUUCAAGCUUGGUCAGCUGUGUUUCAAAGACACUGCAAGACUAAAGCCUUCUCUCAGUUUUGGGGUAUAGAAAUAUCAUACUGUCAACUGUUUGCUCUUGGCCAAGUCAGAUUCAAGAUGGACAAAGGAAAAAUAGUUGUCUUAGACAGGGCCUUGGAUUGACUGGACCCCUAAACAUGACAGAUGUCACCAGAGCAGAAGAUGAGCUCUGCGUUAUGGUAAUGCAGAUUUGUGGCGAUGCAGUUUCCUGUGGAGAAAGCAUCAGAAAUCAAGGCCUGUAUGGUGAAUCCUAAAAGAAACAUCUGUUAACUCAAAGCGAUACAUCAAAGUGAGACUAAUCUCAGGAGGAGAGAGGUUAUUUUCUGCAUUCUACUUUUUUGCUGUGUUUCUUGUUAUUAUUUUUUUAGUCUUUGCCUGUUGAAAGACAUGAUCCUGAAACAAUGGCAGUGGACAUUAAUAAAGUAUCUGUAUUCUGUUUCUGUACCUAAAUUGCUUUUUUUGCUAAUGAUUUACAUUACACCACCAGUGUAAUAUAUUGAGUAACACUGUUUAAUAUCCAAUACAUACAUGCACUUACAUAAUGGAAGACAGUGUAUACAUUAAAUACACAGAGGAUGCAUUGUUACUUAUUGUUACUCAUUAUAUAACACUGUAAUUAAUGUCCAAGAAUGUUCACGUGUUAUAUAGUGCUCACUGCCAUUCCGUGCAAAUGUGUUUUGGUUUUUUUUAUUAAAUUUUUAAUGAAAGUUUGCCUGUUCUCAAAUUCCAUUCAUGUCUGCAGCCAAUUAAUUCUCCCUAAUGGAAAUUGUUCACCAGCAUGUUGGAUACUCAUGAUGAUUAACAUCAUGUCAAUUAACAUCAAUAUGAAAGUGAUGCAAUGAACUCUUACUAACACAUCUGUGUGCCCAGUGAGUGACAUUAGAACCUUCUUACCUACAAUAGGUUGAUUAAGUAAGAAGAGGGAAUAUAUCUAAUACAGAUCUAACAAUAUUAUAGCUAUUAUACACCACAGUACUUAUGAUACUUAAGUACAUGUAGUAGUACUUUUGUACUUUAAAUCAAAUGAACAUUUAAACAGAGGACCUCUACUAUUAUUUGGAUAAGAUUUUACCAAGGGCAACUUUUCUUUCACGUCAGAUACAGAAUGUGUGUACUUUGCCCACCACUGUUAAAAUAUGCUGAAUAAUGUUGCUGAAUAUAGAACUGUACAAUCAUUCUUCAAAAUACUGACCAAAUCAUUUUUAAAUAUACUACUUUACUGUGCUCUGAUUUGGUUGUUUGUUUGUUUGAGUGAGUGUGUACCUAUGUACUGACAUGUUUUUUCCAUCCAUUAUUAAUGUGUG